AUAUUUACUUUCAGUUAUCGUACCAUGGGCUACGACUUUGACUCAGCUAUAAAAGAGCCCAAAAAAAGUAUAGGAAAAGAAUUACAAAACUAUUCUUCUCGCAAAAAUUCAAAAUUGGACAACUAUCAACAAAUUUUUAAAAAGGAAACAGCAAGAGCGACCGGUAAUCAUUUGAAGGCGUCAGUAAAAGUGCUUUUAGCGGAACAAAAACAUCAAUCGUUUUUCCAAGUAGUGCAUGACAACCAAGUCACGUUGGCAGGAAGCAAAUCAUUUUUUACAAUCAAUAUUCGGACGCAGCCAAGCUCUUUGCAUAUAAAUUGCUCCAAUUGCUAUAGCCGCAACCCAAAAAUUAAAAAAAAUGACCAGGAGAGUUAUCGAUGGUGUCGCUGGAAUCAGAAUUAUAUGUCCUGGGGACGUAGCAGCAUUAAUGGAAAAUGUAAUGAUUUUGCUAGAGAAUCUUCACUGGCUGGAAUACCCACGUGCCAUAUUCAAACUAACAUAACAAAUGCUACAGGUAUAGACAAGCAUAAUUUUCGGCACCAAGAGAAUAUAUACAAUGUGUAUAUGGAGAGAUCAUUUGCCUAUCUAACGUUAUGCAUAAGCAAUAUCGCCAGAUCUGUUGUCCCCGUAACUAUGCCGGCUGCAAUUCUUUCGAGUCUGAGCACCACUUUAGCAGCUGGAUAUCAGUAUAUGGCACAGCAUUACAAGCAAUAUAGCCAAUCUUUUAGCUUUUAUGCGGCUUCCAGUGUUAUAUUGAUGCUGUGCUAUCUGACGACCCCAUCCACGGCUGCUGCUACACAAUCGGAAACGGUUGCCAUCGAUAAGCAUCCGAUCAUCGAUUGGUCAAAAUUUGACGAGUCCAGUUCAGAUAAAGAGAUUUUAGAUUUAUUACUUGAGAAGAAACGAUAUGAUAAACGAUUACUGCCACCUGUGAAUGGUAAGAGACUUUUAACAUUUUUCAAUUAAAAAUCAAAAUAAAUA